AUGGUAGAUCUCAACAUCCAAGUCGACUAUGACGCUGUCAUUUUCCCUGUUGAAAAUGACAGCCCCAUUGAGCCGGAAGAUCAAUCAGAGAUCCAGGGGGAAUCAAGUCCUUCCGGCGACUUUGAGAGUCCAACAUCUUUGGAAGUCGAGCAGGAGACAACAUCCUCUGCUGGCUUCAAGAUCACCCCCUCAGUGGAAAACAUGGAAGAGAGAAGCCAACACAUCAGAGAUCUGACAAAGCAGGUAGACGAUCUUAAAACAGAGUUGCAGAAUAACAUUUUUGAACUCCAUAAGGAAAGAGAACAAAGGCUUGCAUGUCAGGCUGAAGUCAAAUCCCAGCAGGAGGAGAUUCACAAACUGCAAACAAUGUUGGAAAAAGAACGUCACCAGCAAAAGAUUAAAGAUGUGUCAAAGGUUUCUUGCUCUUCUAAAAUUACAGUUGACAAGAGCGUUCUUCAACAGCUGGAGUACUUCAAGCAGGAGGCUGCAAAAUAUGCCUCCCGCAAUAAAGGCCUAAUUGAAGUAAUGGUUGAAGAAUACAAAGUGAGACUUAAAUAUGAGGAGCAGCUCAAAAGUCACACUGAGCAAGCUUCCAAAUUUAAGGCUCAGGAGGAAAUGGUGAAAGCUCUGCAGGGUCAGGUUGCAGACCUUAAGGUGGAGUUGAAACUUGCUCUGGAAAAUAUCCAUCCUAGACUCUCCACCCAACCAGAGACCCCCCUGCAAACAGAGGAGCCCAAGCAAAGGCAGACCUUCAAUCAACAAGGGGUCUCCAUGCAUAGCCUUGCUCGGCCUUUGCGCCGACCCACAUCCAGCUUGCAGACAGAAGGCUCCCUACAAAUAGAGGAGACCAAGAAAAGACAGACCUCCAAUCAACCAGGGAUGUCCGAAGAAAGACAGACCUUCAAUCAACCAGGGAGGCCUGAGGAAAGAUGGACCUUCAAUCAACAAGGUAGGUCCGAGGAAAGACAGACCUCCAAUCAACCAGGGAGGUCCGAGGAAAGAUGGACCUCCAAUCAAUCAGGGAGGUCUGAAGAAAGAUGGACCUCCAAUCAACCAGGGAGGUCCGAAGAAAGACGGACCUCCAAUCAACCAGGGAGGUCCGAAGAAAGACAGACCUCCAAUCAACCAGGGAGGUCCGAGGAAAGACGGACCUCCAAUCAACCAGGGAGGUCCGAGGAAAGACAGACCAUCUAUCAACCAGGGAGGUUCGAGGAAAGACGGACCUCCAAUCAAACAUGGAGGUCUGAAGAAAGACAGAUGUCCAUGCGACCAACCGCCACUGGUUGCAUGGAGGGCCUUUGUGUUGGCAAUGGCAUGAAGGCCAAUCUAAGCCCGGCUCGGCCUUUACACCGACCCACACCCAGGUGGCACUAA